AAUAAAUUCAGCGAAGAAGAAAAUUUUUUUUUCCACUGGCGACGGUGACGCUCUGCAUUUUUUUCGGCUUGGGAAACUGAGCUCUGUCUCUCUCUGUCUCACUCAGCUAAUCAUCAAAAAAGCAACAAUUCCGACCGAGUUUUAAUAUGACUAAGUUAAUCUGAUCGAGUUAAAAACAAAUUAUUGCUCGUUAUUGUGUCUGAGAUAAAUUAAACCGACCCUCGCUGGCUGAGCUGCUCGGCUAACGACGGUGGUGUCUUGCGAUGCCUCGGACGCAGGUUCCUGAUCCUGCUCUCUCACAGGUUGAUGAUGUCCAGACACAGACUUGUACGAGCGGAGAAACAUCGCACUCUGAAGGACUCGUGAACCCCGUGGACGAACAGAACGAACUUCUCGACGACGAGUUUGGAUCCGACGAGUCCGGACACUGCUUGAAGGAAGAGUCUCUGGAGCUGAACGCUGACGAUCAGGGAAAUGAUCUCGACAGACUGAAUAUCAUCUGCAUUAAGGAGGAAGAUCCUGAAGAUGACGACUACCUCUACUGCGAGGCUUGCAAAUGCUUUUUCGUCAGCAAGUGCGAGGUUCACGGUCCGGCUCUAUUCAUUCCUGAUGCUCCUGUUCCCAUGGGGGUCGCUGACCGUGCCAGACGAACCCUUCCACCUGGACUAGAGAUUCGGAAGUCCGAUGUUCCUGAUGCAGGCCUGGGAGUGUUUAAUAAGGGAGAGACUGUUCCAGUUGGAGCACACUUCGGACCCUACCAGGGAGACCCGGUAGACAGAGAGGAAGCAAUGAACAGUGGUUAUUCAUGGGUGAUGUACAAGGACAGGCAGCGAGAGGAAUACAUAGAUGCUACGAAUGAGAUACAUGCUAACUGGAUGAGGUAUGUGAAUUGUGCUUGUACUGAUGAAGAUCAGAAUCUCAUGGCAUUUCAGUAUCAAGGAGGGAUUUUCUACCGUUGCUGUCGACCCAUCAAACCAGGACAGGAGCUUCUAGUGGGCUACGACGAGGAAUACGCCAAAGAUCUCAGUCCUGCAUUCGAAUACCUCUGGAACAAAAAGUGUUCCACAAAUGAAAUGAAUGGCAUCCUGUUGCAAGCCUUCUCCUGCUCCUUGUGUGCACUUUCCUAUACAUCUUUAUUUCACUUCCACAAACAUAUCAAGAGAUGCCACUAUGAGGAGUAUGUGAGACUGAUGAAUUCAGGAGAGAUUACCUAUGAAAAAUUAAAUCUGAUGCCUACCAACAGCUCCAGUAGUCAUCAAAUUAGAGCUGACUCCUCCAGUACUUUGUGCAUUACAACCUCUAACAGUCAAAUGCAAAUAAAAACUCACCACUGCUCAGAUUGUGGUGAGAGUUUUAUUCAAGAGCGUGAGCUUGAACUACACCAGCACCUUCACACGGGAAAGAAGAUAAAGUCUUAUGAGUGCUCACAUUGUGGGAGGAGUUUUACUCAAGUGAGUCAUCUUCGAGCACACAAGCGCAUUCACACAGGAGAGAGGCCGUAUCGCUGCUCAGAGUGUGGAAAGAGUUUUAUUCAAAGGAGUAAUCUCAGAACACACCUGCGCAUUCACACAGGAGAGAAGCCAUAUCGCUGCUCAGAGUGUGGGAGGGGUUUUACUCACCAGAGCAAUCUUAACACACACCAGCGCAUUCACACGGGAGAGAGACCAUUUCACUGUUUGCUGUGUGGAAAGACCUUUGCGCAGCAGAGUGCUCUCCGGCUACACCAGCGUGUUCACACAGGAGAGAAGCCGUAUCGCUGCUCAGAGUGUGGAAAGAGGUUUGUUCAAUUGGCAGGUUUGCAGAAACACCAAUCUAUUCACAAAAGAGAGAGGCCAUAUCACUGCUUACAGUGUGGGAUAAGUUUCACUCAUCGGACUCAUCUCCAAGAACAUGAGCGCAUUCACAUAGGAGAGAGGCCGUACCACUGCGCACAGUGUGGGAAGAGUUUUUCUCACCAGCGUAAUUUGCAUCAGCACCAGCUCAUUCACACAAAAGAGAAGCUAUAUCACUGCUCGCAGUGUGGGAAGAGUUUUUCUUUCCAGCAUAGAUUGCAACGACACCUUCGCAUUCACACAGGAGAGAGGCCGUAUCAGUGCCUACAGUGUGGGAAGAGUUUUUCUUCCCAGCAUAAAUUGCAAGUACACCAGCGUGUUCACACAGGAGAGAAGCCAUAUUCCUGUUCACAGUGUGGGAAGAAUUUUACUAGUGCCAGUAGUCUCAAAAUACACCAGCGCAUUCACACAGGAGAGAAGCCCUAUCAUUGCUCACAGUGCGGGAAGAGUUUUACUUGCCGGACUAAUCUCCGACAACACCAGCGCAUUCACACAGGAGAGAAGCCCUAUGACUGCUCAAAGUGUGGGAAGAGUUUUACUUGCAAGUCUAAUCUCCGACAACACCAGCGUGUUCACACAAAAGAAAAGUUGUAUCAGUGCUCAUACUGUGGGAAGAGUUUUACUCAAGCGAGUUAUCUCAGACGACACCAGCGUAUGCACACAGGAGAGAGGCCGUAUCAUUGCUCACACUGUGGGAAGAGUUUUGCUCAACAGGGUAAUUUCCGAACACACCUGCGAAUUCACACAGGAGAGAAGCCGUAUCACUGCUCACAGUGUGGUAGGGGUUUUACUCGCCAAAAUGCUCUCCAGCUCCACCAGCGCAUUCACACGGGAGAGAGACCAUAUCAGUGCUCAGAGUGUGGGAAAACUUUUAUUCAAAAGAUUAAUCUCCAAAUACACCAGCGCAUUCACACAGGAGAGAAACCGUAUCACUGCUCUGAGUGUGGAAGGGGUUUUACUCACCCAACGUCUCUCCAUGACCACCAGCGCAUUCACACAGGAGAGAAGCCGUAUCAGUGUUCACAGUGUGGGAAGAGGUUUUCUCAACAGAGUACUCUCCACAUACACCAGCACGUUCACACACGAGACAAGCCGUAUAAAUGUUCACAAUGUAAGAAGAGUUUUACUCACCAGAGUCUUCUCCAACAACACCAGAGCUUUCACACAGGGGAGAAGCUGUACCACUGCGCACAGUGUGGCAAGAGUUUUGCUUACCAGCGUACUUUCCGAAGACACCAGCGCAUUCACACAGGACAGAAGCCGUAUUGCUGCUCACAGUGUGGAAAGAGCUUUACGGAAAUGGGAAAUUUCCAAAAACACCAGCGGAUUCACACUGGAGAGAAGCCGUAUCACUGCUCUGAGUGUGGGAAGAAGUUUGCUCAACUGGGAGGUUUCCAAAGACACCAGCGCAUUCACACAGGAGAGAAGCCGUAUCAUUGCUCAGAAUGUGGGAUGAGUUUUGCUUAUCAAAGUACCUUGCAACGACACCAGAGUGUUCACACAGGAGAGAAGCUGUAUUCCUGCUCCCAAUGUGGGAAGAGUUUUAAUUAUCUAGAGGGUUUCCAAAUUCAUCAGCGCAUUCACACAGGAGAGAAGCCGUAUCACUGCUCACAGUGUGGGAAGAGUUUUACUUGCAAGUCUAAUCUCCGACAACACCAGCGCAUUCAUACAGGAGAGAAGCCCUAUCACUGCUCACAGUGUGGGAAGAGUUUUACUUGCAGGUCUAACCUCCGACAACACCAGCGCGUUCACACAAAAGAGGGAAGCCACACAUUGAAUGCAACAACUUAGUAUAUUACAGAUUUUGAUUAUUGGUUAAAAAAAAAAAAAAAGAACCCUGAUUAUGAUUACUGAUUUCAGGUUACCUUGCUUCAUAGUUGGGUAGCAUGGUGACACAGCAGGUAGUGUUGGUGCCUCAGCUCCAGGGUCAGAAUAGUGUAGAGUUUGAUGUAUUCUCUCUGUCCUCCCACCUACCGAAGACAUGCCAGUAGAUAGAUACUCUAAUUUGCCCUAGGUAUGGAUAUGUAUGAGCGUAUGAUGCCCUUUGUUAGACUGGUGUCACAAUUAUGAUAUAUUCCCAUCUUGAUCCAUGUGUUCUUGGAAUAGGCCUGUGUUCUGGAUAAAGCUGUUAAUGAAGAAUGAGAUGAAAUGAAAAUGUUUUGCAUGUUAUGUAGCAAAUGUUAUUGUAUUCUUGUUGAACGCAUGAAUUGAAUGGUAUAUUGCAUUCACAUAUUUUAUUUGUUUUUAAACUAAAAUAGUGGCUUAAACUGUGUGCUGUGAUAAAAUCUAUACAGAACAUUUUAAUAGCAAGUCAUGUGAAAUGGUAGUUCCAGCUUUGAAUCAUCAUGUCUCUUGUCCCUUUAUUUUAAUACUAACAUUAACGGCAUUAUAUAUAAUGUUUAUUAUUUAAAUAAAAAAGACACCAGAAUCUAGA